AUAAAAAGCAAGCUGGUGCAUUCAGGCAAGAUUAUCCUGUGAGUAAGUUAGCCUCACUCACUCACGCAGAGGGGUCCUGGAUGACUAACUGCCUCCAAUCGAUUACCAGCAAUGGACAUGGAAAAGGUCAACUGCAUGGACUUUGAUGAGUUUGUGGGUGUGUUUGGGAAUGUCAUUGAGAGAUGUCCGCUGAUUGCAGCUGCGGUCUGGUCCCAGCGCCCAUUCUUGGACUUGGAGGACUUAGAGAAGCACUAUUUUGCCUUUAUUGAUGCUCUCCCUCAGUCAGGCCAAGAGGGCAUCCUGCGCUGCCACCCGGACCUGGCCGGCCGUGAGGGGCAGCAGGGCGGGCUCACCUCCGAAUCUCAGCGGGAGCAGAGCGGCGCGGGCCUGACGAGCCUGGGCGCAGAAGAGCGGCACAAGCUGGCCGAGCUCAACGCCGAGUACCGCGCGCGCUUCGGCUUUCCGUUCGUGCUAGCCGUGCGCCUCAGUGACCCGGCGGCGGUGCCCCGAGAGCUGGCGCGCCGGUUGCGCUGCACGCCCGCGCAGGAGCUGCGCACCGCCCUGGGCGAGGUGAAGAAGAUCUGCCAUCUGCGCCUAGCCGACCUCCUCAACGCCGACCCCGCCCGGCUCUAGCCCGACCGCGGCCUGGGAGCCCCGACGCCCGGCGGGAUGCGAGAGGGCAGUGAUCCGGGCUGCGGAUCCCGUGCGGGAGUCUGACUUGGGCUUGGAUCAUCGUCCGUGCACACGCACAAAGGAAGGCGAGAAAUGAACAAUCGUACCAGCAACGAGCCCCUUUGUUCAUCUACCCACCCGCGCACG